AUGAAGUAUGGUCUUAUGGUGGGAAAUAUUCGUACUGAGGUUCCAAGCUUAGCUGUUAAGCCGUUGCACCCCAGCAAUGGCCGGCUAUCAAGUGUUUCUUCUUCAUUGCAUGGUGAUUGUGGAGACGUCUUUCUUCCCUCUGUCAGCGAUACGUGUUCACCUUCAUCAUGCCAUGAUUCUCAAUAUUUUGCUAUGUGUCUCUACUACCCACUUGUUCACACGCCGUCGUUGUCCCCAUCAUCAUUGGGUUCAAGAGUAAUGCUACACUGA